CUAACAACUUCCUCUGAGUUCAGCUACAGCAGAGAAAAGUGGAAAACUACAACACUGCUGCUUCAACCUGCUGACGCUCCACACACUGAAGAGACUAAAUGGCUUCCAGAUCUGAGGAGGAGCUCUGCUGUCCAGUCUGCCAUGACAUCUUUAGAAAUCCUGUUGUUCUGUCAUGCAGCCACAGCUUCUGUAAAGGCUGUCUGAUGAACUGGUGGAGACACAAACAAUCGCGUGAGUGUCCAGUUUGUAAGGCGAUGUCUUCAAGAGCAGAUCCACCUUGUAACCUGGUGUUAAAGAACCUGUGUGAGGCCUUCUUGUUGGAGAGAGAUCAGAGAGCUUCAGAGGCUCUCUGCAGUCUGCACUCUGAGAAACUCAAACUCUUCUGUCUGGACCAUCAGCAGCCAGUGUGUGUCGUUUGUAGAGAUGCAGAAAAACACAGCAACCACAGAUUCAGACCCAUCGAUGAAGCUGCACGACAACACAAGAAGGAACUUCAGGAAACUCUGGAGCCCUUAAAGGAGAAGUUAAAGGUUUGUGAACAAGUUAGAGUGAAGUUUGACCAAAUAACAGAACACAUUAAAGUCCAGGCCCGACACACAGAGAGGCAGAUUAAGGAGCAGUUUAAGAAGCUUCAGCAGUUUCUAGAUGAGGAAGAGGAGGCCAGGAUGGCUGCACUGAGGGAGGAAGAGGAGCAGAAGAGUCAGAUGAUGAAGGAGAAGAUGGAGGCUCUGAGCAGAGAGAUAGCAGCUCUUUCAGACACAGUCAGAGCCACAGAGGAGGAGCUGAGAGCUGAAGACGUCUCAUUCCUGCUCAACUACAAAGCUGCAGUGGAAAGAGUCCAGCAGCGCCCCCUGCUGGAUGAUCCACAGCUGCCCUCAGGAGCUCUGAUAGACCAGGCCAAACACCUGGGCAACCUGACCUUCAACAUCUGGAACAAGAUGAAGGACAUGGUCUCCUACACUCCUUUGAUAAUGGACCCAAACACUGCUCAUCCAAGACUCAUCUUGUCUGAAGAUCUGACCAGUGUGAGACCAGGGGAGAGACAGCAGCUUCCCGACAAUCCAGAGAGGUUUGAUGAAUACUGGUCUGUUCUGGGCUCUGAGGGCUUUAACUCAGGGACUCACAGCUGGGAUGUCGAGGUUGGAGACAGUACAGGGUGGUCACUGGGUGUGUUAGCAGAGUCUGUCCAGAGGAAGGGAGACAUACAGUGUGGAUUAUGGGUAAUAGGGUUUGAUGAAGGUAAAUACUCUGCGCGUUCACUACCAGGUCCACUUUCUGUUCUCAGAGUGCAGACGAAGCCCCAGAGGAUCAGAGUGAAUCUGGACUGGAACAGAGGAAAACUGUCGUUCUCUGAUCCUGAUACUAACACACACAUACACACCUUCACACACACUUUCACUGAGAGGCUGUUUCCAUUUAUAUUCACUGGGGAUGAACUGAAGAUAUCACCACUGAAGGUCUGUGUGACUCCCAACUAAAGUCUCUGAGCUUAGCUGCUCCUCUUGUUGUGUCAUCAUCCAAAAGACAUGUUUAUUUGUUUUUCAGUUUUUAGUUUAAUUUAAUGAUUCUUCACUUUGAUUCAAAUCUCCAUGUUUGGUUUAUUAAGCCUUUUUAUUUGAUACUGUGUCAUUUUGUCUUUUUAUAAUUUUCGUUUGUGUGCGUGGAGACAUGAAGAUCAGGAACCACUUCGAAGAAGAAGCUUAUUGCUCUGUAAUGUGUUCCCAGCUUCCUGUAGCACUAUAAGAUUUAAAUUUAGUUCAGAAACACUACGGUUUACACAGAGUUUCAUCAAAAAUAUUGAUACUAAACAUUCAUCCAUCCAAAUCAUCAGAUUCAUUUACGUGGUUCAAAAUUAACACAUAUCAGACACAUCACAAAACGUGAAGAAGAAGAAGAAGAAGACUAAUACCAAACUAGUACCUAUACCUUAUGUCACUACUUACUGGAACCAGUUUGUCAAUCAUGUGUGCUGGAGAAAAUUGUGUUAAUAAGGUUAAGGAAGUAUCCUUGAGAUUUUUCAGAUUCUACCUCAAGCAUUACAUGAAGAGGUUUGACAAUGACAUUGAAUCUAACUUUACCUUCUGUGAGACUCAUACAAAAACUGCUUUGCAUAUGUUUUGGCAUUGUGUUUAUGUAAAACAAUUUUGAACAUUAUUUCCUAAUCAACUUUAUGUUGCUUUUGGAUAAAUUUAAUAUACACAAAUGUAAAUUUGCAAACACAAAAGAAACACUUAUAAUCUAUGAGAAA